AGACCAAUCAAAAGACCAUGCGAUCUCCGGUGCUCAAGCAACAUGGUGUUUCUGGCGACGUCGGCGGUUACUCGUUGCGUUGCUCGCGUUCUUCGGGUUCUUCAACAUUUACGCUCUCAGGGUGAACCUGUCAGUUGCAGUUGUCGCCAUGACAGAGCCCGUGGAAACCAAGCUCGAGAAUGGCACUAUUGUUAUGGUGCCAGAGUUCGACUGGUCUUCUCAGACGAAGGGGCUGGUGCUGAGCUCGUUCUUCUACGGGUACCUGGUCACGCAGCUGCCGGGCGGGUGGCUUGCGGCUAAAAUAGGAGGUAACAGGGUGUUCGCGAUCGGCAUCGGAGCUACGUCCCUGCUGACCCUGUUCACGCCGCCGCUUGCGCACAUCAGUACCGGCUUGCUGAUUGCUGUCAGAGUACUAGAAGGUCUAUUUGAGGGCGUAACGUACCCCUGCAUCCACGCCGUGUGGUCCCGCUGGGCGCCCAGCGAGGAACGCGCGCGUCUGGCCACAUUCGCCUUCAGCGGCAGCUACGCCGGCACCGUCGUCUCCAUGCCUAUAUGCUCCUUGCUGGCGCACUACACCGGCUGGCCGGGGAUAUUCUACGUUUUUGGCAUAGCAGGGCUCGUGUGGACGACGAUCUGGUGGCUCGUAGUGAAGGAAUCGCCCGAGCACGACCCGCUCAUUACUCCCGCAGAACUUAAGUACAUACAGGAGUCCCGCGGCACUCCGCUGGUGGAGGGCUCCAAGGUGCGGCACCCCUGGCGGGCCAUGCUGACGUCAGCGCCCGUGUGGGCCAUAGUGGCCGCGCACUUCAGCGAGAACUGGGGCUUCUACACGUUGCUCACGUUCCUGCCCACCUUCAUGCAAGACGUCUUCAAGUUUGAAACGUCGCAGACCGGAUGGCUAUCCGCCAUACCCUACCUGGCAAUGGCCAUAGUGUUGCAAGUGGCCGGCCAUAUGGCCGACUGGCUGCUGAAGCGACGCGUCAUGUCCAGGACCAAUAUUAGGAAGUUGUUUAAUUGUGGAGCCUUCUUAGCGCAAACGCUGUUCAUGGUGUGCGCGGCGUACUCAUCGUCGGUGACGAGCUGCGUGGUGUUCCUCACCAUCGCCGUGGGUCUCGGCGGCUUCGCCUGGUCGGGGUUCAG